AGACUGUAUCCAAAUUCCAAAUUUUAUAUUUUGUUGGAAUUUUGAACAAAAUAAUUUCAUCAUCGAUCAUGAACAUCAUACAUGGUCAUAAUUGUUUUCGUAUCACAUUUUUUCACAUUGAUUCAUACAUUACGAAACCGGAUCUAGUUUUGGAUGAAACCUAUUCCAGUUUUCGAAAACGUAAUAUUAAUUUAGCCACCAUCAUUAGAGUGUUUGGCACAACCGAUGAUGGAAUAUCCACCUGCAUUCAUAUUCAUCAACAUUUUCCUCAUCUAACUGUUCGUCGUGAAGAUCUAUUCGAAUGUUAUCGAAUUGAAUCGGCGAAAGAAUCGACAGUAGAUCACACGGCCAUUCUGGAUGUGUUUGUCAAAGAUUUAGAAAAUUCAUUGAGUCAAUUUGUUGAUUCACGAUCACAAGAUGAAAUACAGAUUAUCAAUGUUGAACCACAUGAUUCAUUUUCAUUCUAUGGAUAUCAUGAUCGGCCAGAAACAUUUUAUCGAAUUUAUUUUACCACCUAUUGGAUGGCCAAUCACUAUAAAUUUGUUUGCUAUAAUUUUCUUGAAUUUCUUCUUCAAUUCUACAUUGAUCGACAUGUCUAUCUGAAUACAUUAACAUUUAAACAAAUUACGUUUCGUAAACAUCGAUCUUCAAAUGUCUAUGAAGAUAUUGAUUGUAUUCGUGAUCGACAAUUCACAACGGUUGCCAAAAUUUUAUCCUAUAAUGAUCUAAUCAUAACGAGUACAUGUCAAUUUGAAUGUGAUGCAUUGGCCGAUGAUAUUAUGAUUGUCGAACAUCAACCAUUGUUUCCAUCGAAUGAACUAUUCAAUCCAUCAAUGCCGGGUAUUAUCAGUUUAUGGAAUCGACAAUUUCAACGAUCAUCACCAGAAGAAUUUCAAUCACUAUUGAAUGUAUUGCAAAGUAGAAAUUCAAUUCAUUAUAGUAGUCAUCAAUUUCAAUUGAAAAGACAUCAUAUAUUCGAUAUAAAUCCAAAUAUUCCACAAUUGGAUGGUCCAACUGAUUCUGAAGAUGUUAACUAUUAUCUAUUCAAUGGUAAACAAAUUCAUUUCGAUCCAAAACAAUUUCAGAAAGGCAUUGUAUGUGCACCACGUUUAAAUCCACAAUCCGGUAAUUUUCCGAUAUUAAAAUUUAUGGAUAAGAGUCCUGGAAAUAUUCCAUUAAUAAUGGAACGUUCACAUUUGACCACUAUUUCGAAUACUGAUACCAAACAUGAAAUGUUCGAAUCGAUUGAAAGAAAAAUCAAUACAUUCCAUCGUACUUCUGAUUAUAUGGAAAAAUUAAAAUCACGUCUAAAAACAUAUCGGCUGUCAAAUCCAAUACUCGAAACAGAUACAGAUACAGAUAUCAACAGGCCUAAAUCAACAAGUUGUCCGUUGAAAUUACAUUUUAAAAACAAAUGCAAUGUACCGAAAAUCUCAUUUCCAGAAUCAACGAUUACGAGGAAACGACGUAAUCCAUUUGAUAAAAAUCCAGCUAUUCAGGAUAUUCAAUUGGACAAUCUUAUCACCGACAGUAAUCUAAUGAUGAUGGCCAAUAGCUUUUCUACCACCGUUCAUACGAUGAAUUCAAGUUUAAUGAAUGAUUCUAAUCAAUUCGAAAUGACAAAAUCGAAUGAAUUAUCGAUUCGAUCAAAUCAUUUCGAAUGGAUUCAAUAUCCACAUUUAACCAUAAUGUCCAUGGAAUUACAUGCACGUAUUCGUUCGAAUUUAACACCUGAUCCAAAUUAUGACCCCAUACAAAUGAUCAUGUUCACCAUACAUUGGGAAUCCAUUCAUGAUUCAUCAUCGGCACAAAAACCGUACAUGGCUGCCAUCAUCGUUAACAAACCCGAUGUCAAAAAUGUUGAACAUUGUUUGAAUUGGAAAAAUCGAUCAAUAAACAUUGAUUAUGUGCAAUCUGAAUUGGAUUUAUUUUUUCGUUUCUCACGUUAUGUUCAACAAUCGGAUCCGGACAUUGUUCUUGGCUAUGUGGUCGAUACACAAUCCUGGGGUUAUCUUCUUCAACGUGCAAUUAUACUUGGUUUUCAAAUUGGACCAAUGUUUUCACGUGUGAUCAAUACAUUUCAAUCAAAAGGUAAUUCUGCUGGUGGCCAAAAUGAAUCACCAUCACUAGUCGGACGUAUCGUUCUAAAUACAUGGCAUCUAUUACGACAUGAAUUGGCUUUACGAUCAUAUACUAUUGAAAAUGUUUAUCAUCAUUUAUUCGGUAUGACAAUGUCAAAAUUAUCCAACGAAUCAUUAGGACAGCUAUGGGAAUCUGCAAGCGAUUUGAUUCUAGAAUAUUAUCUACAACGAACACUUGGUUCAAUGCGUAUAUUGAAUCAUUUGAAUUAUAUACGUCGUACAUUUGAUCUUUCCUGUGCGUUUGGUAUGCCAUUUUUGGAUGUCAUCGAACGUGGAACACAAUUUCGUGUUGAAUCAAUGUUAUUACCAUUGUGUCGUCAAGCAAAUUAUUUGCCAUUACGUUUUUCCAAACAUUUUAUACGUCUUCAACGUGCACCACAAUAUAUAUCAUUAAUAUAUGAACCGGAUAUUCGUAUACAUUUAGAACCGGUUGCCAUUCUUGAUUUUCAAUCACUUUAUCCAUCGUUAAUUAUUGCACAUAAUUAUUGUUAUAGUACUUGUUUAGGUCGAUUACAAAAUAUCAUCAGUAAGGACGAUACGUUUGGAUGUUACAAACUUAAGAAUCAACAACAAAUAUUAGAUGGAUUAUCAGAUGAUCAGAUUCAUAUAUCUGAAAAUGGAGUCGUAUUUGUUCGACGUAAUGUUCGACAAGGAAUAUUACCAAAAAUGUUGGAAGAAAUACUCAAUACAAGAAUAUUGAUUAAACGAGAAUUGAAAAAUGUUGAUCGAAAAUUAAAAAAUCCUGAAUUAUCUCGAUCAGAACGUAAACGAUUACAGGCGUUACUAAAUGAAUUGGAUAAUUCACAAUUGGCAAUGAAAUUAAUAUCGAAUGUUACCUAUGGUUAUACAUCGGCCAAUUUUUCUGGUCGUAUGCCCUGUAUUGAAAUAGCCGAUUCGAUUGUAUCGAAAGGAAGACAAACAUUAGAAGAGGUGAUUACAUUCAUUAAUCAAUGGGGUCAAAAAAGUGGAUCAAAAGUUAAAGUUAUCUAUGGUGAUACCGAUUCAGUAUUCAUAUCGUUUCCAGGUCAUUCUUUAUCGGCUGCAUUUGAAAUGGCAAAUUUUUUCAUAACCGAAAUUAAUCGUCGACAGCCAUAUCCAAUUUGUUUGAAAUUGGAAAAAAUCUAUCAACCUUGUAUCAUUAUGGCAAAAAAACGUUAUUGUGGUUAUGCAUAUGAUUCGGCCACAGAUCAGGCAAGAUUCGAUGCCAAAGGUAUUGAAACCAUACGUCGUGAUGGAUGUCCAUUGACCGGUAAAAUAAUGGAACGAUGUAUUCGUAUUUUAUUCGAUUCGAAUGGUAAUGUUGAAUCAUUGAAACCAUAUCUUCAACAUCAAUUCGAUCGUAUCCUAUCUGGUCGUAUUAGUCAAUUAUCGGAUUUUAUUUUUGCAAGACAAUUUGCCGGACUUAAAAAUUAUCGUAAUGGUGAUGUAAUACCUGCUUGUAUUAUUGCUCGAAAACGAAUGCAAAUUGAUCCACGUGAUGAACCCAAAAUCAAGGAACGUGUUGCUUAUGUUGUCAUCGAUGAUGGUGAUGAAAAACGAAGAAUAGCCGAUCUAGUUAGACAACCAUUCGAUUUAUUGGCUGAUGAAACACUUCGAUUGAAUGGUGAUUAUUAUAUUAGAAGUGCAAUCAUUGUUCCAAUGAUUCGAGUAUUGGAUUCAAUAUUUCGACAAUCACAAAAAUGUCUAAAUGGUUGGUAUGAAGAAUGUCGAAUACGGAAUAAACGAAAUAGACAAAACCUAAUGGUUGGUCAACAAUUAAUGCAACAAUUACAACAAAAUCAUCAAGAAGAAUUCAAUUUAAUGAUGAAUAAUGAUUAUUGGCAGCAGCAGCAGCAGCGGCGAAUUUUAACAACAAACGAUUAUUUGGAACCAUUAAUUCAAAUAAUGGAUUCAAUUAGAAAUGUUCGAUUUAAAUUGAAAAACUAUGAACAACAAUGUUGUCAUUGUAUGCAAUUUGAUUGGAAUCAUCAAUUCAAAUCAAAUUCAUCAAAACAUCCAUGUCAAGUGGAAACAUGUCGAUCAUUGUAUGGUUAUCAUCAAUGUAAACGUGAUUUUCAUUAUCUAUUGUUUCUUCAACAAGCAUUAUUGAACAAAUCCAUCACUAAUUUGUUUUAAAUCAUUUUUGUUUCUCUCAUAUAUAUUAUUUAAUAAAUUCAUUUUAUUCAAUGAAAAAAAAAA